AUGACUGAUUAUAUUAAGAUGAAAUUUGUUGAAUGGAGCAAAAUUAACAAAAGUCUCAUGACCCCUCCUUCUUCUCCUGAAUUCAAUCCUGCAAUGGCUAUGCAGAAACAAAAUUCUCAAGACUCUUACCAGGACACUUUGGAACUUGGUCAAGAAACUCCAAGGUCCGGAUCUCCGAGUUCCGAUCAAAGCACUUCUGCUUUUGAUAAUGUCAACAAGGCUUUGACUGGUAGACUUUCCGUGACCAUCGUUGAAGGACGAAAGCUUGAUGUUGCUAACUACCAAUCGAGACCAUAUUGUGUCGUGGAAUUUGAACGACACGAAGUUGUUACAAAAGAAGCAAUCAAACAAAAUGAAAUUUCCAUGUCACGAAAUGGAAAGUCAGUUAAUUUCUUGGAUCUUGUAAGAGCUGCCACUAAUCCUGUUUGGAAACAGAAAGCUAUCUUUGUCUCAAUUUAUGAACGUAUUCCUGGCCAGACUCAACAAGAAAUCUUUCUUGGAAUGUUAAAAAUUCAACCUCCAAGACAUCCAAAUCAAAUCGUUGACGGUUGGUACAAAUUGUCUCCAAGAGGUAAAGAAAAUGUCACUGGUGAAAUUCGCGUUCAGCUCUCAUACGAGAAAAUUGAAGUCGGGAAAUCUCAUCUUAAGCCUUCAUCAUUCGAUGUUCUAAAAUUGAUCGGAAAGGGUAACUUUGGAAAGGUCUUUCAAGUUCGCAAGAAAGAUACAAAUCGUAUUUAUGCCAUGAAGGUCCUUCAAAAGCAAGAUUUAAUUGAACGUCGUGAAGUUGAACAUACUUUAUCGGAAAAAAAUAUUCUUAUCCAAGCUGGCCAAUGUCCAUUCUUAGUAGGUCUCAAGUUUUCGUUUCAAACAAAAUCUCAUCUUUAUUUGGUCACCGAUUUCAUGAAUGGUGGCGAAUUAUUUUGGCAUUUGCAAAAUGAAGUAAGACUUAGCGAAGAUAGAGCUAAGUUCUAUGCGGCAGAAAUCGUUCUCGCAUUAGAACACCUCCAUCGUAACGGAAUCGUCUAUAGAGACCUAAAACCAGAAAAUAUAUUGCUUGAUGCUAACGGGCAUAUUGCGCUCUGCGAUUUUGGAUUAUGUAAAGAAUCACUUGCGGAUGGUCAAACAACAAACACAUUUUGCGGAACUUCAGAAUACCUUGCACCCGAAGUAUUAGUUGAAUGUGGCUAUGGAAAAUCUGUCGACUGGUGGAGUCUUGGAAUUUUGUUCUAUGAGAUGAUUGCUGGAUUCAGUCCAUUUUACACCAAUGAUACUCAACUUAUGUAUCGUCGCAUCUUAUUUGGAAAACUCAAAUUCCCUAAAGGGUUCUUUAGUGAUGACGCUAAAAGCUUGAUUAAAGGGCUUUUGCAACGAAACUCCGAAAACAGAUUAGGUUCUCGCAAUGAUGCUGAAGAAAUUAAAAAUCAUCCAUUCUUUGCAAAUGUAGAUUGGGACGCUUUAUAUCGUAAACGAGUUUCUCCACCAUUUAAACCAAAUGUCUCUUCAGAAGAUGAUACAUCUUGCUUUGACCCAGCUUUCACCGAAGAGGAAACCAGUAUUGAUUGGCCCACAGUAUCAAAAGCUUAUGGCACCAAUGCAUCAGCAACUAGUGAAAUGGAUGCUUUUGGUGGGUUCACAUAUUCUGGAGAAAAUAAUCAAUAUGGCUACCAAUCAUGUUCCGGAGAAGCUUCACUCGGUACUUCAACCAAUUCAGGAAAUUGGAAGUGUUUGAGUUUGGAAGACGCAUUGGGAUAUUAG